AUGGCCACACUGAGGGUCCAUCCUGAAGCCCAAGCCAAGGUAGAUGUGUUUCGUGAAGACCUGUGUAGCAAGACAGAAAACCUGCUUGGGAGCUAUUUUCCCAAGAAGAUCUCAGAGCUGGAUGCAUUCUUAAAGGAGCCCGCUCUCAAUGAGGCCAACCUGAGCAACCUGAAGGCUCCGUUGGACAUCCCAGUCCCCGACCCAGUCAAGGAGAAAGAGAAAGAGGAGCGGAAGAAGCAGCAGGAGAAGGAAGAGAAGGAUGAAAAGAAGAAAGAAGAUGAAGACAAAGGUCCUCCCUGUGGCCCAGUGAACUGCAAUGAGAAAAUUGUGGACCUCCUGCAGCGCCUAAAGCCUGAGAUCAAGGAUGUCAUUGAGCAACUCAAUCUGGUCACUACCUGGUUGCAACUACAGAUACCUCGGAUAGAGGAUGGGAAUAAUUUUGGAGUGGCCGUCCAGGAGAAGGUGUUUGAGCUGAUGACCAGCCUUCACACCAAGCUGGAGGGCUUCCACACUCAAAUCUCCAAGUACUUCUCCGAGAGGGGUGAUGCUGUAGCCAAAGCAGCCAAACAGCCCCACGUGGGUGAUUAUCGGCAGCUGGUGCAUGAGCUGGACGAGGCAGAGUACCAGGACAUUCGGCUGAUGGUCAUGGAGAUCCGCAAUGCUUAUGCUGUGUUAUAUGACAUCAUCCUGAAGAACUUUGAGAAGCUCAAGAAGCCCCGUGGAGAAACAAAGGGAAUGAUCUAUUGAGGCCCCUCUCUCGUUCUCUGAUGGGCACAAGAGACCUUCGUGCUCCUCACCAGGAACUCUAGACUGGACCCAAUCUUCUUCCUGCUGGGGUUUCUCCCUUACUCUGCCUCCCAAACACAAUAAAUACAUGGUCGCCCACCA